AUGGAACUAGAUGAUAGCCCUAAUGAAUCCGAUUGGGAUAGUGAAGCAAUGUACAAUUUGGAUAAAUUUGAAGGAGAUAUCGCUAAUAAAAUUAAUGCUUCAACAGUUGCUUUAUUCAUUCGUGGAGCACCUGAGAAAGCUGACAGCAAAACUAAUAAAGGCAGAAUACAGUUAAAUGCUAUUCGGGAUCGCCGACAGUUAUGGAACAAUGCAAGGAUUCCGUAUGCCCUCACUAAACACACAUGCAUACAAUGGACACCAAGAACCGCUAUGGAUCGAGAUUAUGUCUAUAUUGUGCCGGAAAGGGGCUGUUACUCCAUGGCAAGACAAUUUGAAAAAUAUAGUCAAGCAACUAUACAAACUUUAGGCAGUGAUUAUGACUAUGGAUCUAUAAUGCAUUACGGACCAAAUGCCUUUACUAGAAAUGGUUUACCUACAAUAAUGCCUCGAAGGCAGGCUGCUAUUGGGCAGAGGGUCGGUUUUAGCAAGUUAGAUGCGUGGAAAAUUAAUACACUUUAUGACUGCCCUAAUUAUGGAGGGAGUUAUGGAGGUGGAAAUAGUCAGUCAUCGACUACUUCAUCUGUAUUUCCACAACCUCAACCAGUUGCAUCAACAUUAAGGCCUUUUGUUCCUACUACACCUAGAUUAUGCCGAAACACUCGUCCAGACUGUGAUCUCUUAGCCAGUCAAGGUUGGUGCUCCCGUAACCCCCAAUGGAUGCGUGAACAUUGUCCUGUCUCCUGUCGGAUGUGCUUAAUUCCAAAUGUGGAGACAAGAAGGCCAUCUCCACCACAUUCUCUUCCAUUCCCUUCUCCUCGACCUAUUGUUCCUUUGACAAGUACAAUACCAACAACAACAAGUACCUUACCACCAAUGCCUGUGUGCGAAGAUUUACGAGUUGACUGUGCAGAAUUAGCCAAACGGCGUUAUUGCAUAACUGCUCCCUCAUUUACUAGAACUUUUUGUGCCCGAUCCUGUGGCUUUUGUUUUGUUCCACUAGCUACUGAUUCUCCAGCUUCGAGUCUCGGCGGAAAUUCUUUAAUUAUAUCUUCAAGUCAAUCUCCUCCAACAACAUUUACGCAAAGACCAAUGGUCACUUUUUGGCCUUAUAGACCUUCAAGUUCUAAUGAAACAAAACCUCCAUUAUCCUCAUCUUUAUAUUCAAAAGGAAAACCUCCCAUGGGAAGUUGUAAGGACAGGAAACAUUUUUGCAGUAUAUGGAAACAUUCAGGAUUUUGUCAAGGAGUAUUUCAAGGAUAUAUGAAAAAGAAUUGCCCGGCAACUUGUGGAUUUUGUUAA